CAUAAAUAAAAUCCAGCUGACAAGCCCAUAGGAAACGUGACAGCCCGACUACAUGUGUGUGGUUGUGCGUGUGGGGAAGGCAAUGUGUCCAGAAUGCCGCUCGAGAUGGCUUUGACAAACAGUUCGCCCCAGGCUGUGACACUGUGUCAGUCACUAAAACAACACAGGAAUCACCUGAAAACUGAGAAACUGAAGCUGAAAAAAAAAAAAAAACAAACAUGAUGCAUGAAUUUUGCGCCGUUUGCCUUGGCAAACUUCGUCGGCAGGUGAACACCCCGUGCAAACACACAUUCUGCAAGAAUUGUCUCUGCAAGGUCUACGAUCGGAGCCCCAGUAAAGCGUGUCCCCUCUGUCGGGCGCCCUUAGAGUACUACAUCAUCCAGAGGAACAACACCCUAAAACUUGUGUUCUUUUCAUAAAAUCGAAUUGUUAUAUUCUGUUCUGUUGACUGUUUUAAAUUGUUAACAAGUGUUUAAAAAUCUGUUAGUUGAUUUGUUUGAUUUAUGCUUGCACUUUAUAAAGUGAUUCAAACGAGUGUUGAAUAAAUCCCCGCUCAAGGUUAA